AAACUGGGCGGGGCCUGGAGGGCCAUGAAUGAGGCGUGGGAUGUCCCCGCAGUGUCCCCAGCAGGACAUCGAGGGGCACUUGGGCCUUGCUGGGGACAUGGGGGGGAUGUCGAGGCCUCUUGGGGACAGUCAGGGUGACAUUGGGGUUACUCAGCGGGAUAUUGGGAACCUCGCGGUGUACCAGCGGGCGGAGGGGCGGGGCCGGGACGGCGACGUCACCUUUCCCUGUUUCCGGCGUGCCGCGCCGCAUUCCCGCCUGUCCGCGACUGUCACCGGGUCCUGUUCGCCCUCCGGAGUGUCCCCAAGGCGUCCCCACCGUGUCCCCAACAGCCAUGGACAUCCGCGAGCUGCUGAAGGCGCAGGUAGAUGCGGUGGCCACCCUGGGUGAGCUGGCAGCCACAGUGACCGUGCCACCCAGGCGCGCGUGGCCGCUCCUGUACCAAAGGUCCCUGUGUGAAGACCUGAGGAGAUUCACCUGGAACCUCUAUGACACCCUGGACCACAGCGAUGUUGCCUCCCUGGGCGAGCCCGUGACCACCCUCAGGGCCACCCUGUGGGACACCCAGGCCGAUGUGAGACCUGCGCUCGGUGCCUGGCGGGGGUUGGUGGAUGCACUCGAGGACAGCUGGUUCUGGCUGGUUGAGGAGGCCGCCGAUCUCCUUGACAACUGGGAGGACGCGGCCAAGGACACUGCCAAGGCCACCGCGGAGACCACUGUCAAGGCCACCACCGAGGCCACUGCCAAGGCCACCAUCCCUGCUCAGGCUGGGGACCUGCAGGACAAGACCGCUAGCCAGGGGACAGCUGGAGAUGACCUGGUGGCCACGGCCCAGCAGCUGCCACUGUCCCGGGCCGAAAAAAAGGCAGCUUUGUUGGUGGCCGCACACGAGGCCCGGGUGGCGGCAGCCACCAAGGCCAUGGAAGAGGCCACCAACAGGCUCAGUGACACAGGGGCAGCCACCAGGAGGGGACAGCGGGCGAAGGUGGCCCGAGGUCUGCUGGGGCGCUUGGUGGUCAUGUGUGACAGAGCCUCCCUGCUCCCCUUGGAGCUCCAGGAUCGGCUUGAGGACAUCGAGGCCACCUUGGAGGGGACAAGAGAGGUGACCUCCCACGUCCUCAAGGUCUUGGAGGCCGUGGUGGCUGAGAUCGAGCAGCUGUGGGAGGCCAGCGCCCGCCUGACCACGCGUCACCUGCUGGGGACACUUCAGGACAUCCAUGACCUCCUUUGGAAUCCCGAUGUUGGGUCCGGUGGCCCCCGUGACCCCCGUGGCCGUGCGGUGGCUGAGCGGUGCCAAAAUGCCAUCGAGGACAUCCCGAGGCUGCUGCGGGGACACUGAUGUCACUGCUGUGACAUCAUCGGGGCAAUGAUGCCAUUGGGGACAUCACUGGUGUCAUUUGUCCCCUCCCCCCUCCCUGCACAGUAUGUGAGACAGGUUUGGGGAAUUUUCUGAGAAUUUUCAUUGAAAUUGUCCCAAAUCCUGAUGGGAAUUCCUGAGCUGAUGUCACUGGGGACACUCUGAGGAUACUCAGGCAAACCUGGGGACACUCAGGGACACGGGGACAGGAAGUGAAUGAACACCCUCAGUGCCUUGCAAGAGAGGCAACAGAGCCGGGUUAUAAAUAGAAAUAACAAUAUUGACAAUACAAUAUUGGCUUUUGUAUUCAUGUAUCGGCUUUUGCACAUUGUUAUUGAUCACAAUGAUUUUGAUAUGGUACAAUUUAUAAUUCCUUGCAGGUGUUUUUUGGUAUAACAAUCUAUCAGUUUGUGUGUGCACCAUAUAGCCGACAGAAAAGGCAGUGUAAUAAAUUGAUAUUAUAUUGUAGGCCUUAGCAAAAUCUUAAGAGACUGCAGAAUGCUAAAAUGCUUUUAUAUUAUAACCAUUAUAACUUUUAUAUUAUAACUAACUUUUAUAUCAUAA